CGCGAGACUUGAACGAGAUUUGAAAAAUAUUUUCAAAAAAUGUUUAGCGACAGUUUAACCUUUAUUAUGUACAUUUGUGGGUGAACAGAAUCUAAUUGAAGAUAGUCAUGGUGUAUUUAAACAUCCAUUUUCCUAAAAGAACCAAUAUACAACUCUUACGCCAACUGACGAAGCUCCAGUUGAUAUCAACCAAUGUGCAAGCAGCUCCCAUGUUCGAUUAACCCCCAAAGGCCCAACAGUAGACAAAAUUAGCUGAAAUGUCUGGGAAGAAAGUAUUAAAGUAUGCCUGUGAUUUGGACAAAUCUGUUACUGUGACCAACUUUGAGAGACGAGGCUGGACCUGUGUAGGAAAUGAUGAAGAUUGGAAUUUUUAUUGGGCCACAGUGCAGAGUGUGAGGAAUCUAUUCAGUGUAGACAACAGUUAUCGUAUGACAGAUGACCAAGUUGUGAACCAUUUUCCAAAUCACUAUGAGUUAACCAGAAAGGAUCUUAUGGUGAAGAAUAUCAAACGUUUCAGACGAGACCUAGAAAAAGAGGGCAACCCAUUGGCAGAAAAAGAUGAAACUGGUCGCUAUAUUCAUUUAGAUUUUAUCCCAGUGACCUUCAUGUUACCAGCAGAUUACAAUCUUUUUGUCGAAGAGUUCCGUAAGAAUCCUUCAAGCACUUGGAUCAUGAAACCAUGUGGCAAAGCUAGAGGUAUUGGGAUUUUUCUUAUCAACAAGUUGUCCCAGUUGAAAAAGUGGUCUAGAGACAGCAAAACUAACACGUUUACUGCACCUUCUGCUAAGGACACCUAUGUCAUCUCUCGCUACAUUGACAACCCAUUGCUGAUUGGUGGAAAGAAAUUUGAUCUCAGACUAUAUGUUUUAGUGACGUCAUAUCGUCCAUUGAAAUGUUACAUGUUUAGGCUUGGAUUCUGCAGGUUCUGCACAGUGAAGUACAAUGCCAGUACCACAGAACUUGACAAUAUGUUUGUCCACCUGACUAAUGUCUCCAUACAGAAACAUGGGGAUGACUAUAACCAAGUUCACGGUGGAAAAUGGACAGUCCACAAUUUGAAAGUUUUCCUUGAGGGCACACGUGGUAAAGAAGUGACUGAUAAAUUGUUCGAUGAUAUGCAUUGGUGCAUCGUCAAUUCAUUGAAAGCUGUGUCAGGAGUGAUCGCUAACGACCGACACUGUUUUGAGGUUUAUGGUUAUGACAUUAUCAUAGAUGAUAAUCUAAAGCCGUGGUUAAUAGAGGUAAAUGCUUCGCCAUCGUUGACAUCUACAACAUCUAGUGACAGAAUCAUGAAGUAUAAAAUGAUUAACGACACGAUUAAUGUAGUGAUACCUCCUGGAGAACUACCUGAUGUUAGGUGGAACAAGGUACCAGCCAAAGAAUCCCUGGGAAACUAUGACCUUCUGUAUGAUGAGGAUCUAGCUCAGACUGAUAUACUAGCACAGGAUGUGAAAGGACGUUUAACAACUACUAUACCAGGCUCUAGGGCAGGGAAAGAUAGACAACGACUGGCCCAAGCCACAUGGAAAUAGCCUAUCAAAAGGAGGAUGAGACUAGAUUAUUGCUGUGCAAUAUAUACCAGUAUACAUCCAACUAAUUCUGAAGAGUCAUGUAUAUUACAAAACAUGCAUCCGUUGAACUCGAGACUUUAUUCGAAAGAUUGAUAGAACUAUUGAUAGUCUAUGUUAAAUAUUGUGAUAUUUGGAACUGAAUUUUGUUGGCCUUUCUUGACAGGCAAGGGUCCUGCUUCAAAUGACUCAAUGCCUCAUUAAAGGUGAAGACAUGAGAAACUUUGAUCAGUUGAUCAAUUGUCUAAUUAUUCUUAAUAUGGUUCAAGUUUAUAGCUAUAUGAACUGAAGAGCAAGUACUGAACAUUCCAAACGGUACCCCUCAUAAUUGUCUAAUUCCUGAUUUGUAAUUUUCUACAUCGGUAUUAGGGGGUAUAUAGGGUGUUAGUGCUUGUUAUUGUGUACAAUUAAAACCAUUCAUAGACUUUCAUUAGUCCAAGGCACAGAGCCUUUUAACAUAAUAUAGAUGAAAAAAAAGUCACAUGUAGAUUAAUACACUUUUUUGUUGUAUUUGUUUACAUUGAAUAUACCCCUUCAGUAGACUAAAAUACUAUUGCAAUUGAUUUUUAAAAUGUCACUAAUAUACAAAGUAAAAUCCCAGAUGUUGUUCACUUAUCA